GAGAGAGUGGGAGGAGGAAGAGUAGGAAGAAGUGGGAGGAGGGAGAGAGACAGAUUAAAAGAGAGGGUCAAAGAAGAAUAACGGAGAAGAACCAGAGCCAAGACCAAUUAGAAGUCGGAAAAGCUUUUGAGAGGGAAGAAAAAAUCUUGAGAAGAAAACGAAAACUUGAAAGAACAAAAAUCAGAGGUGGCGGUGCUCUUGCUUGGCGCUGAGAAGAGAUGGGUGACUGGAGCUUCCUCGGGGAGUUCCUGGAAGAAGUCCACAAACAUUCUACGGUUAUUGGCAAAGUCUGGCUGACCGUGCUCUUCAUCUUCCGCAUGCUAGUGCUGGGCACGGCGGCCGAGUCCUCCUGGGGGGACGAGCAAGCCGACUUCCAGUGUGACACGUUACAGCCCGGCUGUGAGAACGUCUGCUAUGACCAAGCUUUCCCCAUCUCCCACAUCCGAUACUGGGUGCUCCAGAUCAUCUUUGUUUCCACCCCGUCGCUGCUGUACAUGGGCCAUGCAAUGCAUACAGUCCGCAUGGAGGAGAAGCGGAAGCUGAAGGAGGCGGAGAAGAGCAAGGAGUCCAAAGGCGCAGACACCUAUGCGUACCAGACAGAGAAAGCUGAGCUUUCCUGCAGGGAAGAGCUGGAUGGAAAGAUCAUCCUUCAGGGCACGCUGCUCAACACCUACGUCUGCAGCAUCCUCAUCCGGACCGCCAUGGAGGUGGCUUUCAUUGUGGGCCAGUACUUCCUCUAUGGGAUCUUCCUGGAGACCCUACACGUCUGCCGCAGGAAACCCUGCCCACACCCCGUUAACUGCUAUGUGUCUCGGCCCACCGAGAAGAACGUUUUCAUCGUCUUCAUGCUGGCUGUGGGGGGCCUGUCUCUCUGCCUCAGUCUGGUGGAACUCUACCAUCUGGGCUGGAAGAAAGCCAAGCGUCACUUCGCCCAGCCUUGCCCCGCCAGGGUGGAGGCCAGCCUUCCUCCGCCUCCGGCAGGAGGGGUCCAGAACUGCACACCACCCCCAGACUUUAAUGAGUGUGUAGAGGGCAGCCCCAAUCAGAAGUUCUACGGCAGCCAUUUCAGCAAUAACCUUGCCUCCCGGCAGAAUACUGACAACUUGGCAACGGAGCAAGUCCAGGGCCGGGAGGAGGCCGCAGGCAGGGCUUUUCUGCACAUGCAAUAUGCGGAGGGGCCUGAGAUGGCUAAUGGGGUUCCCAAUGCCCACCGUCUCCCUCAUAGUUACCACACUGACAAGCGUCGUCUGAGCAAGGCGAGUAGCAAGGCUAGGUCAGAUGACCUCUCAGUGUGACCGUGCUCAGGAUGGUCCAAGGGGCACGUGGGGUUGUGGUGGGGCAGACCUGGGAGUAGGGAUGUUAUGUCCAUGUUGAGCCUAAGUAUUAGGUAGGGGGCCCUCGGUUUCCUCUCCUUGCUGCCAUGGUGGGUUUGGGUUUUUUAAUUUUUAUUUUUUAUUUUUGAGAGAGCGCUGCUCAUAAUAACCUCCCUCCUUUAUCCAGAAAUGGGGCAACAGGAAGAAAGAGGAAAAGCUGGGCAUGGCACCUGUAGUGCCUGUGGGAUGCCAUAGUAAGAGCUCUCUCCUCACUUUCACACAUACUGAAGGUACACAGUAAGGACAUUUCAAGAGGCUGAAGUGGGGCAGAUUGGGGAGAAGGAGGGAUUUGGGAUAGGACACUUUGCAAAAUCAUUCAAGGUUCCAAGAUUUUGAUUUAUGCCACCAUACAAAGGACACACUGCCCACUUUGCCAAGAACAUGGAAGAGGGCCCAGAGUAGCCAUCAGAACCUCGGCUGUCCCCCUCAUCCCCAUGCUUACCAUACCUUUACAAGUAUCACCUUGGUAAGUCUUGGCGAAAUGCCUGUAAUCACAGAGUCUUUUUAGUUUUUACAGCUUUAUUUGUUCCCACUGAGGUUGGUCUGUGAGAUCCAGGAGUAGCCCAAACAGAUCAGCCAAUGGCGUGAACCUGGGCAGCUUUGAUCAACCAUAUUUCCCAAGGUGCUAUCUCCACAGGGCUGCUCCUUUGGGUAGAGGUUAGGAGCCCACACAUUGUCUUUCUAUGUCCCUUUCCUCUUCCUGAUUUAAAAAUGGGCUCUUGGACCCUUAAUCUUAGCCAACAGCUUCAUUUUUGCAAGUGCCUUCACACCAAUGCCUGAUUUUGUGAUAUCAGAAAGAAAUGUUCUCUUGGUUAUGUUGUCUACGCUGGGAUAUGUUCAUUCUACUAGUGUGCCUGCCCCUGUACUAGUUUACCGGACAAAUUGACUUUACUUGAAUCUUUGAAACCAUUCAUAUUACAACUUCCUUUGCAUCUCCAUCAGUUGUUAGAAACUGUUCUUCCUUCUCCCUACUCUGGACCAUUUCCUAUGUCCCAUCAUCCCCAAGAAGCAAAGGUCAUGUCAACAGUUCCCCCACCAAUGAUCCUUCCUUGGAGUACUGAUCACCAAGUAAAAUGACUAGUAUCUACACAUCUUUAUGAAAAAAAUUCCAAAGGGAUAUCAUAUUUCUCAGAGGUAGAUCCAAAUAUUAUUGCUAUGAACCAAAAAGAAAGAUUGGCAGGAGUGGGGAUAUGGAAGUUCUGUUCUUUCUUCUAAAGCACCUACUUGUUAAACUCAGUGUGUUCUAUAGAAGAGACUCCCUUUGGAACUGCACAGGUUUGACUGCUUGGGUUAUCCCUUGGGGUAGCUACCACCCUAGGGAGGAGGAUUUUCAAAACUGGACACUGGUAUUCAAAGAGGAAAGGCAUCCUCUGCUUUCCUGCCUUCCUCUUUCUAGCUGUGAGCCCCACCCACCACUCCCACUAUGUUUUUAGCCAAACUGGGUCUACAUAUGACACACAGGGUGAGGUAGAGUCAAAAGACAAGGCUUAUGAACCUAACCACAUAAAGAAAGAGCUGGUUAUUUCUGGCUUCAAAUGCAACUCUUUGGUUCACAGUUCCUCCUUAUCUCUUGAUGCUCUUUUGAUUUGGGGAAGUUUCUAUUUUUUCUCUGUCUUUGGUUUUAUGAAUUGUUUAUUCUUGAAUUAAAAACUCUGUGAAGUUUCUCCUUGUUUGAAUUUUUUUAAACAAAGAGAAAGGCAUUGAAUUAUGUAUUUGUUUUAAUAAAAGUUAA